AUGGAUACCCCCAACUCACAACCACCACCACCACCUCAAUACAUCCCAUUACUCUCCGACCAGAAAUACGCCGUUUCACCAGCAUCACUUCCUCACUCCCACCUCCCACGACGACGUCGUACAAUCUGCCUCGCCCUCACUCUCCUAUUAGUCCUAGCAGCCGCCAGCUGCUCCGCGUUCCUCUUCUGGCCGUCCGAUCCCUCCCUCAAGAUCGUACGGCUGCGGCUUAACAGAGUCCAAGUCCACACGCGGCCGCACGUGGCCAUCGACGUGUCCAUGUUAGUGACGAUCAAGGUCCGAAACGGCGACGUUUACAGAAUGGACUACGAGGCGCUGGAGGUGGCGGUUGGGUACAGAGGGAGGAGUCUGGGGCACGUGACGUUCCAGCGGGGUCACGUGCGGGCGUUUGGUUCGUCCUACAUGGAAGCGGAGGUGGAAUUCAACGGGGUCGGGGUGUUCUCUGACGUGGUGCUCCUGCUCGAGGACUUGGCUAAAGGAAAGGUACCGUUUGAUACUGUUACGGAGGUCCACGGGCGGCUGGGCUUCCUGUUCUUUGAGUUCCCUUUGCAGGCAAGAGUGUCGUGUGAAGUCAUGGUGAACACAGUGAAUCAGACAAUUUUGCGACAUAAUUGUUACGAGGUCAAACAAAUUGGGGUAGUUUUAUUAUGUGAUCUCCUGAAGUGUGAUGAAGUUGGGCGCAGCAAGCUAGAAGCUUCAAUGGGUCAUGGGCUUGGUGUUUGCUCCAUGCAAUGA